UUUCAAUUGAAAACAAUUUGAUCAAUAAAACUAUUCUAUAAAGAUGAAAAUGAGAGAAUAAAAGAAAAUUAUGUACAGUGGUGGAUCCACGAGAUCCACAACUCCAGUAAUCUAUAUUAUCAAUAAAUCAUCUAAGUCCAACACCUGCAAGGUUGAACCAGAGGGUCUUGAUGAUGUUGAUGAUGAUGUUUACAAGAAUCAAGGAGACGGAGGAAAGGAGAAAACAGACUCUAAAGAUGGAAAGGAGUUCGUCAACGAAGGGGAGAAAGAAAGUGAUAUUUUUGAUCGAAAUCUAUUGUUGAGAUCAAUUCUAGUUGUGUUUAAUUGUUUAGUUCUCCCUACCCUGAUACUAGUAGGUCCCUGCUAUCUAGUAUAUAUCCUACUACAGUGUUUGUAUGCAACUGGAGUAUUCAACCUGAUCCUCUACCGACUAGGUUCUUGGACUGGCUUUUGGGAAUGGAAGAAAGACGAAAAGUAUUCUAAACCUGAAAAACAUUCAAGCACCUCCCUACAGUACAGUACAGCUGACGGUACACAAACACAAGAUGUACAACAAGAUUUACUCAUUGAGUCUUCCAUGGCAGAAAACUUGUCAGUUCAGAAUGAAACAGCUGAGAUGGCACCGGACUGGAAAGAUUGUAAUAUAAUACUAAUUCCUCUUCUAACCUUCCUACUCCUCUGCUGCAUUAUUAUUUACGUGCUGUGCAGGUAUAGAAUAUGUGGAACCGAAGAAAAAGAAAAUGAAAAGGAUGAUGAGAAAAAGUAGAAGCGAAUUAUUAGAUAAAUAGUUGAAUAAUUUCUAUCAGGAAUGAUUUGAUUUAGAAGAUUUUAGUGUCACAAAAUCAAGAAUAAUAUAAAACUAAUUGGUGACAUAUAUUCUGGACUCCUAUUUGUCUGGUAAUUUCUGAUAAGCUCUAAAGAUAUCUUUUCGAUUAGUUGGAUAUUUUCUAGCUAUGAUUUAGCUGCGACCUACUCGCCUAGCUAGCCUGGGAAAUCACAGCUAAAAAUAGCUGGAGAAUGUUUAAAGAAUUGGAUAAUCAUUUCUUAUUUUCGAAAUAUUUUGUGAAUCAAAAAAGUAAAAUCACAUUCCUAUAGAAAAAAGAGAAACCCAUUUCCUUAUUUAACAAUUUUCUCUUGGCUAAAUUGGUGUUAAAAAUCUAUUUUUGAAU